ACUUGCAGGCCGUGAUAGCCGUCCGGUCAUCUCGCAUCGCAAGGUUGUGUCGCACGAGCGAGGGUCGGGACCUAACUUCCUUGAUGCGCAGGCCGCCUCACCUCCGCUGAAUCCCCGCCUCGUCAUGGUCAGUCGUUGCGGUAUGGCAUCUCCUUGCCACUCUACCGCUUCCCUCGUCUCACCAUGUCAUCGCAAGCUCUCCCAAGCAGUCAGCCUCCGAGCAGGCUAGCUCGUCUUCCUCCCUUCCGGCAUGAGCACGUCGGUAGCUUUCUGCGGCCUCAGGCCAUCCUCGACGCCCGCACUGCUCACGCCGAGGGCAAAUUAGAUGAUGCUGGUCUUCGCGUCGUAGAGGACGAGCACAUCAAGGCGCAUGUCGAAAGGCUGCUUUCAUCUGGCAUCCCAGAUAUCACGGACGGCGAGUACAGGAGAGCGUACUUCCACAUCGACUUCCUCAAGCACCUCGGCGGCGUUGAUGUACAGAAGAACUCUCUCGAGCAGCAAAAGGGUUUCGCACCACCCACACUCGUCGUGACCGACAAGAUCAAGCACAUCCACAACAUCGAAGUGGACAACUUCCUGUACCUCAAGUCCUUGGUCCCCGCCGACAAGCAUCGUCACAUCAAAAUCACCAUCCCCUCGCCCACCAUGCUUCACUUCCGCGGUGGACGCAAAGGCAUAUCCGAGAAGGCCUACCCAAAUCUCGACGACUUCUUCGCCGAUGUGGCCUCGGCGUACCGCAAAGAAGUUGACGCCCUCUACGCCGCGGGAUGUCGCUACCUGCAAUUUGACGACACCAACCUGGCUUACCUCACCGACCCGAAAAUGAGGGAGGAAGCCAAGGAGCGAGGAGAAGAUGUCGAUGCGCUGCCAUCGCGCUAUGCCAAAUUGAUCAACGCAUGCUUCGCGAACAAGCAGGACGAUAUGGUCAUUGGCAUCCAUCUCUGCAAGGGCAACUUCCGAUCGCAGUUCUUUGCGAGCGGGAGCGAUGAAGGGUACGCGCCCGUUGCCAAGGCGCUCUUUGGCGAGCUGAACGUCGAUGCCUACUUCCUUGAGUGGGAAAAUGAGCGUUCGGGUAAGGACUUUUCAGCUUUAUCUGGCAAUCUCUCGGCCAACAAGACGGUCGUGCUCGGCUUGGUCUCGUCGAAGGUGUCGGACAUGGAGGACAAGGAGACGCUGGUGUCUAAGCUGCGAGAGGCUGCCAAGCAGCUGCCUGGUGGGCUGGACCAGCUAGCCAUCAGCCCGCAGUGUGGGUUUAGCUCGACUCAUCAUGGCAAUGCAAUCACGGAGGAGACGCAGUACGCCAAGCUGGAGCUUUGCAAAGCCGUGGCAGAGGAGGUGUGGGGAUGAGGAGGAGGGAAGAGGUAAUUAUUGUAGAAAAAAGGAAAGCGAAGCAUAUGCAACUGAGACGUUCCCAGCAAAUCCAGAUUGCCAUCCUCAUGUCCUCACAUUCCCCCUAGUCGUGCGACCACAAUAGCGAAAGGAGGCGCCCCCAUCCCCUCGCCGGCUCAAUCCAUUGCUCUGGAUUCUCCUUCCACU